AUGUCUACAUUAUCGAAUGCUGCAGUUCCCCACAGUGAGGUACAACCAACAUCGUACGUUGGUUUUGACACAAUUACGAGUCAGAUCGAACACCGUAUCUUGAAAAGAGGCUUUCAAUUCAAUAUCAUGGUCGUUGGUCAUUCAGGGCUGGGCAAAAGCACUUUGAUCAAUACUCUAUUUGCCUCUCAUUUGAUUGACUCUGCAACUGGGCUAGACAUAACCAACCAACCUAUCAAUAAAACGACUGAAAUUAAGGUCUCUAGCCAUUCAUUAGUCGAAGACAGGGUAAAAUUGAAUGUCAAUGUCAUCGAUACACCUGGUUUUGGUGAUCAAAUAAACAAUGACAAAGUAUGGGAACCAAUUGUCAAAUAUAUCAAGGAGCAGUACUCCCAGUACUUGCGCAAGGAAUUGACCGCGCAGCGUGAAAAAUACAUAAACGAUACUCGAGUUCAUGCUGUGCUCUACUUUCUUCAGCCCAACGGAAAAGGUCUUACGGCGUUAGACAUUGCCACAUUGAAGCGACUCACUGAAAUUGCUAAUGUCAUUCCUGUCAUUGGCAAGGCCGACACAUUGACUUUAGAAGAAAGGCUGCAGUUCCGCGAAAAUGUUCAAGAUGAGUUCAAGAAGCACAAGUUCAGAAUCUAUCCUUAUGAUUCUGCAGAACUCAAUGAGGAGGAGUUGGAGUUGAAUGAGAGUAUCCGAUCGAUCAUUCCUUUUGCCGUAGUGGGCUCUGAAAAAGAGAUCGAAAUAAAUGGAGAAACAGUAAGAGGCAGAAAAACACGCUGGGGUGCUAUCAAUGUCGAAGAUAUUAAUCAAUGUGAAUUCGUUUACUUAAGGGAGUUUCUGGUCAGAACACAUUUACAAGAUCUUAUCGAGAGUACAGCCUUCACGCACUAUGAGGCAUUCAGAGCCAGACAGCUCAUUGCUCUCAAAGAGAAUGCAACAAGUCGUACUUCUGCGCCUGUCUCAAAUAACUGGGUUUACCAGCGCUAA